AUGUAUUACUUCAGGAUUGAAAGCAAGCACGAGGUCAAUAUUACCGGUGGAUUGAACGAAUUUAAUGUCAAAUUUUAUGGACCAUCUGGCACUGCAUAUGAAGGUGGCGUCUGGCGAGUACGUGUUGAAUUGCCGGAAAAAUAUCCAUUUAAAUCGCCUUCGAUAGGAUUUAUGAAUAAGAUUUUCCAUCCAAACAUUGAUGAAGCAAGCGGUUCCGUCUGCCUUGAUGUCAUUAAUCAGGUAACAUUCGACCGUAUUUCAUAA